AUGUGGGGUAAUUAUGUAAUAGAUUACCGUAAAAAGUUAAAACUGUCUGAUGGUGAUAACAAGACUAAAGCUCGCGCUGGCGAGCUCUGGCCUACGGAGCGACCGGAUGGCAUGCCUGUGAUACAAUCGCUGGAGGUGAUGUGUGGAAAGGAUCACAUGGACGUACACCUGACAUUUUCACAUCCAUUCGAGGGCAUUGUCUCAUCAAAAGGUCAGCACGGUGAUCCUCGAUGUGUCUACGUGCCGCCAUCCACAGGCCAAACCUACUUCUCAUUUAGAAUCGCCUAUGCCAAGUGCGGCACCAAACCUGACCUACAUGGCCAGUUCUACGAAAAUACAGUAGUGGUUCAGUAUGACAAGGACCUGCUGGAAGUGUGGGAUGAGGCCAAAAGGUUGCGCUGUGAAUGGUUCAACGACUAUGAGAAGACUGCUUCGAAACCUCCUAUGGUGAUAGCUGACUUGGAUGUCGUGCAGUUAGAUUUCAGAGGUGACAACGUGGACUGUUGGAUGGAGAUACAAGCUGGUAAAGGACCUUGGGCGGCUCCAGUUUCUGGAAUAGUGCCGCUAGGUUCCACGCUUACUCUCGUGGUGGCCAUUAACGAUUAUCGAGGCGAAUUCGAUAUGCGAGUCAAAUCUUGCGCAGCGUCUGAUGGCUCCGGGCAUAUUAUACAGCUGUCAGAUGAAUACGGCUGUGUGCUGCGACCUAAAAUGAUAUCCAGGUUCCUCAAAGCUAAAGCAGUUGAUGAACGGGCUACAGUGAUCACAUAUGCCUUCUUCCACGCAUUCAAGUUUCCCGAUGCACUAAGUGUCCAUAUUCGGUGCAAAGUUGAGAUCUGUCGACACGGCUGCCUAGACCACUGUCAGCUGGCGGGCAUAGCACCGGGACCUCAUGAUGCAUUGGAUAGAAAAGAUGAAAGGUCACAACAGGAACGCAAUGACAUUGGCGAUAUGUUAUCGGAAGACACAGAGUUGAGUCUCGCGGAAGAUCACCAACGUCUCCCGUUAGAGGAGGCGUUCGGUGACGAAGUGUCAGGUGACGCGGUGCCUGCGCCUGCGCCGUUGCCACAGCGUGCACCUGCGUCCUUGCCACAGCGUGCGCCUGCGCCGGUCAUUGAAGAAGAGUCCGACCAUCGGUCUGCUGUUGAGGAGCUGGUUGCGGCGCUUGCUAGGCCCUUCACUGACCGUCCCUCCGACUUAACCGAACGUGAACGCUUCCCCCACGGCCCAAGAAACUUCGGCGAUCUUAAAAACGAAGCCGUAGUUCCAGCACAAAAGCCAGGUCCAGCUGUUGCCGGCCCCAGGUCUUUGAGGAAACGCAGAACAGUACGUGACGCACGGUCAGCUGACGUUGGUGUCUCUGGGCUUUAUGAUGUUAUUUCUGAAGCUGACCUGCAAUUUGGUCCUACGAGAGAACCCGUUACGGUAUUCAGUGGCAGGAUAAGAGAGGAGGUGGUUUACGGAAUAUGUAUGGGCGCGGUUAGUUUCGGAGCCCUCUUCGCUUCAGCGGCAGGCGCAGCCGCUGGAGCUGCACUGGCCGCUGCAGUUCUCUUGCAUAAGUUGCGCGCGCGCAUGGCUGCUCAGACGCCGAUAUCACCAGCUCCGGCAUCGCACUCCCUCGCUGCCUGGAUGGCUUUACGAUUACUAGGAACACCGCACUCACGGGAAUGA